AUGAGUUCUCUUCACCAUGUCCAAAGGAUAGUUACAGCACUGAGUAAGGAGUUUGCAAUAAAGGAUCUUGGUCCACUACAUUUCUUUCUUGGCAUUGAGGUUACAUAUUUCAAAGGAGAUAUUCAUCUAAACCAAAGCAAGUAUGCCACAGAAUUACUCAAGAAAACUGAUAUGGAGAUGGCUAAGGCAAUAAACACACCUCUUGCACAAAAUCAUGGUUUGCAUGAAGAAAAGGGAAGUCAAGUUGAUGCCUCAGCAUACAGGAGCAUUGUAGGGAGCUUACACCGAUCCUUCAUGCAAGCACCAACUGCUGAACAUUUCCAAGCUAUUAAGAGAAUUCUCAGAUAUGUGAAGGGAACACUACAACUUGGACUUAGAAUGAUCACACAAUCACCUCUAAGACUCUAUGGAUUUUUUUAUGCAGAUUGGGGUGGAUGUGCUACCACAAGAAGGUCAACUACUGGAUAUUCAAUCUAUCUAGGUGCUAAUUGUAUCUCUUUGGCAUCAAAUAAACAAAACACUGUUGCAAGGCCAAGUACAGAGGCAGAGUAUAGGGCAUUGGCCUCAGCUACAGCUGAAAUUACUUGGAUCACCUACAUUCUUAGAGACAUUGGUGUCACAUUGACAUCAGCUCCAAUUCUAUUUUGUGUUAAUCUGAGUGCACUAUACAUGUUUCUGAAUCCCGUCCCCACAUGCUAG